GUCCCCAGGCGGUUGAUGAAGUGCGGAAACGCAAUCAAGUUCACCCAGGAACUGGCUAAACUGCUGGCCGUAAGAUCUGCUGUCCGGGCUGCUAAAAGAAUGCCCGCGGUCUCUGUAAGUAGCGAAGAAGCUACUAAUCAGAUCUCCGGUGCGGAUUUACACCCUAAUCACCUUGGGGCUAUGUCAACGGUACCUUAUAUCAACGAAUCAGACUUUGCCACAGAUGAAGAAAAGUACCCCGCUUCGUUGUGCUCGUCGACCGCCGCGCUCCUUUCACAGGAAGCGGUCCUGUUUGAAUGGUCCAACGACACUUUGGCGGAGCCAUUCAAGGGUGAUAAGGUUAUCCAGUUUCACAAAGCAGCGGAUAUGGUUGAUUACUACUAUCUUCUUGAUUUGGAAGACUGCUCGGUCUCUCUGGGGAAGUUCGAGCAUGCAGAUAAACAGAUCCGUUAGCAAGAACCUGCGUGAGCAUUACGGGA